CCGUUAGGAGGAUAUCGAAGCUCUGCAAUCCUUUUACUUUCACCGGCCAAACCGAGGAAGAAGCCCACAGCGAACCGCGUAGUGCUCUCUCGUCUGGUCGCGGUGAGGACAAGGAGGAUUCCCUUCAGACUUACUGUGUGAAGUACAAAGGAGCUUCGCUUGGCGCCAUUGUGGAUCUGAUGGGCAAAAGUUUCACCGGAGCUUAAAUAAUUUACUUGUUCAUUUACUUCAAGGGUGUAAGAUUAGAAGACGACCGGACUCAACAUGCCGAAGACGAUUAGCGUGAGAGUGACCACGAUGGAUGCGGAGCUGGAGUUCGCCAUCCAGCCCAGCACGACGGGCAAGCAGCUCUACGACCAGGUGGUGAAGACCAUCGGGCUUAGGGAGGUGUGGUACUUCGGACUGCAGUACCAGGACACCAAAGGCUUCUCCACGUGGCUCAAACUCAACAAGAAGGUGACGGCCCAGGACGUGAGGAAGGAGAGCCCGCUGCUCUUCAAGUUCCGGGCCAAGUUCUUCCCGGAGGACGUGUCUGAGGAGCUGAUCCAGGAGGCCACCCAGCGGCUGUUCUUCCUCCAGGUGAAGGAGGGCAUCCUGAACGACGACAUCUACUGCCCGCCCGAGACCGCCGUGCUGCUGGCCUCCUACGCCGUGCAGGCCAAGUACGCCGACUACAACAAGGAGAGCCACACCACCGGCUACCUGUCCGGGGACAAGCUCCUCCCACAGAGAGUGCUGGACCAGCACAAGCUGAACAAAGAGCAGUGGGAGGAGAGGAUCCAGGUGUGGCAUGAAGAACACAAGGGCAUGCUCAGAGAGGAGUCCAUGAUGGAGUACCUGAAGAUCGCCCAGGACCUGGAGAUGUACGGGGUGAACUACUUCAACAUCAAGAACAAGAAGGGCUCCGAGCUGUUCCUGGGCGUGGACGCCCUGGGCCUCAACAUCUACGAGCAGAACGACAAAAUGACGCCCAAAAUCGGAUUCCCUUGGAGCGAGAUCCGAAACAUCUCCUUCAACGACAAGAAGUUUGUCAUCAAGCCCAUCGACAAGAAAGCCCCCGACUUUGUGUUCUACGCGCCGCGUCUGCGCAUCAACAAGCGUAUCCUGGCACUGUGUAUGGGCAACCACGAGCUGUACAUGCGGCGCCGUAAGCCCGACACCAUCGAGGUGCAGCAGAUGAAGGCGCAGGCCCGCGAGGAGAAGAACCAGAAGAAGAUGGAACGGGCAAUGCUGCAGGACGAGAAGAGGAAACGAGAGGUGGCGGAGAAGGAGAAGGAGAAGAUAGUAAAGGAGAAGGAGGAGUUGAUGGAUCGGUUGAGGCAGAUCGAGGAUCAGACCAGGAGGGCCCAGCAAGAGCUGGAGGAGCAGACCCAGAAGGCCCUGGAGCUGGAGCUGGAGAGGAAGCGUGCGGAGGAGGCGGCGGAGAUCCUGGAGGUGGACCUCCGCUCGGCCGAGGAGGCCCGGCUGACGCUGCUGCACCAGUCGGAGAACCAGAUGAAGAACCAGGAGCACCUGGCCACGGAGCUCGCUGACCUGACCUCCAAGAUCUCCAUCCUGGAGGACGCCAAGAAGAAGAAGGAUGAGGAGGCGCAGCAGUGGCAGGACAAGGCUGAGCUGGUGCAGGAGGACCUGGAGAAGACCAAAGACGAACUCAGGACCAAGAUGGCCGCCCAGAUCCAGGAGCCGGUGAACGAGGAGAACGAGCACGACGAGAACGACGAGAGCAACGCCGAGGCCAGCGCCGAGUUCGCCGGCGGCGCCGGAGCCAACGACCGCAGCGAGGAGGAGCGCAUGACCGAGGCGGACAAGAACGAGCGCGUGCAGAAACACCUUCUGGCGCUGAGCUCGGAGCUGGCCGUUGCCCGCGACGAGACCAAGAAGACGGUGAACGACGUGAUCCACGCCGAGAACGUCCGCGCCGGACGGGACAAGUACAAGACGCUGCGCCAGAUCCGCUCGGGGAACACCAAGCAGCGCAUUGACGAGUUUGAAUGUAUGUAAAGGGAGCACAGGCCCCGCCCCCUGAGAGCACAGCCAUCUGGGCACGCUCAGACCAACACAACCGCUCUGAGCAUGCUCAGAUCGACACACAACGGCACUGAGCAUGCCCAGACGAAACACAAGCAUUCUGAGCAUGCCCAGAUAAAGCCAACACACAAACGUUUGAGUGACUGCUAAAAGAUGACAAACAGAAAGUGCCACGAGUCGCCGGUUCAAAUCAUGUGAACCUUUUUUAAAAGGGACAGAAUGUAGUAAACAUUUUUUUUUCGGUCUUUUAAUAACUAGCUUAUGCAAUAACUGAUGCUAACUGAAGACAGCAUUUACAAUUUCUUGAAAUAUUUGUGUCACAUUUGUGUAACAUGACCCAAUAAGAUUUAACUCUGAUUUGCAUGUAGGAAUGAAUGAAUGAAUCUAGAAGGAUUUUCCACUAGGCCAGGCUGACUAACGAUUAAUAACGUCAACAAACAAAAACAAAAUGUCUUCCAUCAUGUGAUGUAUCAUCACCACCACCUCGGCAAAUUCUACAUCCAAUUUAGUCAAUUAAAAAAUGUAGCUCAUGUGUGAAGUGCCAAUUCUCGCAAUCUGUGAGACAAAGAAUCGACUUUUCUUUCUGCUGUUUUUACAUUUUAACCUCAGCCAACCUGCAAGCGCACCUCAAUAUCACCGGCAUUUACUCUUUUUUUUUUCAUUUUUGAUUCAAAUAUAAAAAACCUGGCAGAUUGAGUCACAGCUGCCGGUCGAUUUACUUUGUUUAAUUAUCUGAUUGUCCCGAUUGGCUCGCUCACCCGCCUUUCACACAGGAGGGGUGGCCUGAUUGGUCGGAAACAAACUUGGGUCUGAUUGGUCGGAUAUCAACUUGGAUAUUAAACAGCUAAUAUAGCAAAUGGUCAACGUCUAUGUAAUUCUAAAAUCAACGCAAAAAUGACGAUUGCUACAGAAUGCCAACCGUUUUAUUCCAUCAGUUCUAUCCAGUGUAACAAUCUUGUUCUCCUCCAGUGCUACCAAGAACUUGUAGCCGACAUUCUGUUGAUAUUUCACUGAUUUAUUUAUCUUGUUUUAGAAUUCUGGGCUUUGAUUGAUUUGAUAUAACAGUUUGCCUUACUUCUUUGUACGCACAGCAUAAAAUAUUAAUAUAAAAUCAUUUCUGUAGGUGGCCAAAAUACAAUAAAGUUAUUGCCAAUUUGAAUAUCGAUACUGAAGAGGAAUAAUUUGCCUCAGUUAGCAUCUUAUUGCGCCAACAUGAUUUAUUGUAGCAAGCUAGCAAUAGCUCAUUAGUAGCAUUGUUUGAGGAUUAUUUGCUAUUGUCUUACUGUGUUAGCUGUAGAAAGCAAAGAAAGAAAAACAAGCAAUUUUGUAUUAGCAACAUUAGCAUUUAGUGAUUACACAUGUGACAUUCCUGAACCUCUUUUACUGUUAAAACAACAAACCAAAAUAAUAACUCAAAGCAUGUGAUUCAGUAUUAAAUACAUCCAGUUUUAGAACAGCCUCUGCCCAUGGCACUGUGAGUAGGGGGAGGCCACAUUUAGCAGAUUUUUCAGCUAAUUUAUGCUAAGAUACAACUUGCAAGCUAAUACUGACAACCAAUUAACCAAUUAGAAAAGAGAAGACUACACGUAAACAUUUUACUGGAACUGAAACUGGUUUGAUCUGGUUUGCUGUAAACAUUCCACUGGAACAGAAACUGGUUUGAUCUAAACAUUCUACUGGAACUGAAACUGGUUUGAAACCGGUUUCAUUUCAACAUUUUGACAUGCCGGUUUUUACCAAAACCGGUUUUACCGUUUUAUGUUACACUAAAGUGACUUUGAUUUGACCCCCCCCUCCCCCGAUCGAAGAAUAUGACCAAAAUAACUAAAUAUGAAUAAAUUAUCAAUCGGAAGGGAUUCUAAAGAGUGACGUUUGACUCGGUGGCUGUCGGGGUGAAUUUUGGUUCAUUCCAUUUGUCAUUUUAUUGGGAUUAUGAAUCAUUAUUCUCGAUAAUGAGUCAAUCCAUUUAGUUCUGGGCUUAUACUCUCCCCCUUUAGAGCGACAGAGGAGGUAGACAUUAAGGAUUUUUGGGGUAGUUACUUAAGGAAUGUUAACAAAGUUAUUGUAAAGUGGUAUUUUAAUUUUCAGUAUUUCCAUUUUUUUAUUUUUUUCGGUCAAUACCAAUUGAAAAAAGACAGUAUUUCUUACAUACAGUAUAAUGAGGAUUCAAAUAUGUGCUGGAGAACUAUAUUUGCGCUUUGUUUACUGAAGAGACAACGCAAAAUAUACUCAUUUGCCAGGCUGGCAGUAUUUCCAAAACAUAUAUUUGAAAUGUAUAUUGUAUUUGCUUUUGUGUAUUUUUGUAAUUUGGAUUUUUUAGGUGUCAAAAUAAGGUCAUUUGUAUGGAGAUUCAUCUGAGAUGGUUUGAUAAUAUAUUUGUAUUUUAUCAAGAUAGAAUUUCUUCUCAGAAAUAGAUUUUAGAAGGAUUUUCAUUUUUUCUGCAUUUUUGUUUUGAAGACUGCAAUUGGAAACUGUAUAUUUUGGGAUGUCAUACAAAUGAAGCUUUAAACUGUUGACUGUCAAGACUUUCAAUAAACAUCAAUUCCUGAUAAGACUGCAAAUUCGUCUGAACAAAGAUCUUUUAUUUUCUCCUGGAA